CGGAAAUUCACUGUCAGAAAGUGGACUCGGUUUUUAUUUCACGCAAAACGAGUUUAUUUAUGAUGCCUACGUAUCCACACACUAAUGAGAGGUGGGAUUACUUAGAUACAUUACCAACAUCCCGUUGACAGCUAGCUGCGCAAUCAGUCAUGUAUUUUCUGUUUUCAAUUACAGGUUCUUACUACCCCUUGAUUAACGAUUGAUCAUUAACUAGCUUGAAGCUUCUUCACGAUACACCAUGUCAGAUGGCGUUUCGAUAAGUCGUUUAAGCGUGGUAAAAUGUCUUGGACCUCGUCUCGUACCUUUUUUCAAAACAUUCGCCCUAUUUUACGUCAUCUAUCCGGAGCAUGAGACGUCCGUCGGAUACGCCUUUUUAAAGUGUGCACCGAUCCUGUGCCUCAUCGGAUUCGUGCUCAUGUACGGCUUGCGAAUACCGCAAAAGGAAGCCUACGCUAUGAAGGUUUUAUUGGGAUUAGCUUUCUCUUGUAUUGGAGAUGCAUGUCUUGAGUUUGGACGCAACGGAUUGAAAUUGGGCAUGGGUUUCUUCGCAAUGGCCCAUCUUCUUUACGUAGCAGCAUUUGGAUUUCGUCCGCGCGCCGUACAGCUUCUAAUUCCCUUACUAUGUGCCCUCGGCGUAGUACUGUCUUACUGUUUCAGUCAACUCACAAUCGACUUCAAAGUAUUCUGCGCCAUAUAUGGGACUAUUCUUAGCCUGAUGAUAUGGCGUGCAGGUGCGCAACUGUUCACUCGUGAUGGAUUGCUCAUUCCCUGGACAUCAAUUUCACGUGCUCUUGGCGCAGCGCUUUUCGGACUCUCCGACACGCUUCUUGCCUUCGAACUUUUCCGUGGACCGGGAACAAAGCUGUCUUUCCUCAUUCUUCCGACUUAUUAUGCUGCUCAGAUGUGCAUCACUGUUUCUGUUGUUGACCGGCAACUCGUUUCCCUCAAAGCAGGAGCUACGCCCAAUCAGAGCUAAUCUGCGUUAUAAACCACAAAACAACUUUCCUCUGGCAACCCUGGUGGUUCGUUAGCUUCUCAUCCUAUUCGGUUUUAAUUACCAUAACUCUCCAUUAUCCUUCAUCCUUGUGAUGUUUAAUUAUUAUUGAGUUGAUACG